AUGCCCGCGCCCCAGGACCACGCCGCGCGCGCGGCCGCCUUGGACUCUGAGCGCUCUGGCCUCACCGCGCCGUCCUCGGGGUCCGACUCGAGCAGUUCCAGUGACGACCGUAACCUCAACUACGGUCUCGCCGCACCAACACCAUACAACACGUACAUUGAGCCAACGACAUCCCAAACCGACAGCGUGUACGUUGGCGCGCCAACUGCCUCCUACCUCUCCACAAACGAUGCCUACAACGACGCCUACCUCACCCCGACAUACUCUGUACGCUCCGAUUACGACGUGCCCUACUCGAGCCGGCCCGUACCCGCACCUCCGCAAAUACGCACUUCGGAUUCCGAGACUGAACUAGCGCCCGUCAUGAGCCCCGAUACGACGCGCACGACGCGCUCGAGCCUCACACCAGACCCAGGACGGAUCAAGGGUCUCGGCUUCCUCUCGCGCCGCUCGUCCAAGACCGUCCUCGAUCGCGACACGCUCCGGUUACAGCAGCUCGGGUACGACGCCGUGCUCGGGCGCAACUAUACGUUUUGGUCGUCGCUCGCGUUGGCGUGGCUCAACAUCAACUCGCUCCAGGGCACAAUCUUCGCUGUCCCAGGCGCGUACAAGUACGUAUCGGGUAUCCUCAGCAUGUGCAUGGUGGCUACGAUGAGCGAGCUCGCGUCCGCGUACCCUGUGGCAGGAGCAAUGUCGUCCUGGGCAUGGAAGCUCACGCGUAACGGCAUUGGCGGCGAGCGGUACUGGGGCUGGAUCGUCAGCGCGUUCGUCAUGGGCGGCCACAUCGGCAACCUCGUCCUCGUGUCUUGGCAGAAUACGUCGCUCAUCGUCGGCACCAUGAACCUCGCGUUCGGAUUCCAGGCCGAGUCGUGGCAUCGUUUCAUGUUCAUGCUCGCGAUCGUCACGGUCGUCGGGUGCGUAGGUAUGACUCACUGGGGUAGCGGGCCACGGUACUGGAAAUCGGCGGCUGGCUUCACCCUCGGCGCUUGGCUGUGCCUCUGCAUCGCGCUGGUUGCCAAGGGAGUCACUCACCGAACCUACUCGAAGACGGAGCCCGCCAUCUCGACACACUUUUAUAACGACACGGGUUUCAGUAGCCGCGGUCUCGUGUGGCUCCUUGGCUGGCAGAACUGCACAAUUGCGACCGGGUCCGACGUUUCCGCACACAUGAGUGAAGAAACGCAGAACCCGAGCCGCAACGUGCCCAAUGCCAUGAUAAUGAGUAUCGUGGUGACUUACACCCUGGGUUACAUUUCCAUCAUCCUGCUGUUCAUCAGCGUCAAGCCGGGGGACGCGGCCGCCAUUGCCGUCGCAGACUUUCCUGUUGGACACAUUCUCCUCGCGGCAGUCAACGAAGAUUACGCGAUCGCCAUCUGCUCCAUCAUGGCCGUCGUCCUCUGCAUCCAGCUCCAGGCACAGCUGCAAGCCAGCUCGCGUUUCGCGUUCGCCCUCGCCCGUGACAACGCCAUGCCCUUCUCCCACUUUGUCAAGCGUACCAACAAGUACAAGCAGCCGUGGGUUGCGACACUGUUGUGCAUCGGCCUCUGGGCACCCUGGUGUCUCUUGUUCUUCGCCAACCGCGGUCACGUCACUCCCGUCAUCACCGCAUGCGCGUCCAGUCUGAGCAUGUUGGGUUAUGUCAUUCCUAUCGUCCUGUACCUGUUCAGCAAGAAGGACCUGCAGCAAGAAGGACGUACCAGCUGGUCGUUGCGGCGGUUCUCGCGUCCCAUUGCCGUCAUUGCCGCGCUGUACUGCAGCGCGGUUGUGACGAUGCAGAUCUUCCCCACAAGGAGCCCCGUCACGGUCAACAGCAUCUCCUGGACACCCGUCGUGGUGGCUGGUACGCUCCUGAUCUCGUUGAUCACAUGGAAACUCUACGGUUCGCGGCACUACAGCGGCCCAAUCCGCGCGCUCACCAAGUGGGAAGCGGGCGUGGAACUGGACCUCGACUCAACACUGCAAAUGAGCACGCAGCGGCCCUCACGAACAGUCUUGGUUCCAACAGAAUACAACAAGCCGCCGAAUUUGGAGGCGGACGUGCGCAGCGCAAACACAGUGAGCGUGAACAGCGCGCGCACGGCGUCUAUAGCCAGCGGCGGGGAAUGGGCGGCCGCGCCAUUCAGUACGGUCGACAGCGAGGUCGCGCACGAUCUCGGCCUCUCGUUCUCGUCUGGGUCGGCAACAUCACACCCCUCGGGAGUGACGGGCGUCACACGCUCAUCGGGACCGGUGGUGAGCUUUGCAAUCAACACGAUGGGAAGAGUGGCCGAGGCAGACGACGAGGGGGAUGGUGUGGGGGGACGGUCGCGCGGACGCUCAGUGUAG